UGACCAAUCAAUCACUCUUCGAAUCCACGUCUCUGCUCUCUCUCUCUGAUACCUUCUGUUUUACCUUUCAAAGCUUAAAAUCUCUCCGCAUUGGGCUUACAGACUCUCUAAAAACCUACAUCAUUGCCUAAAGGACGCCAACUAAAAUGUCAUUCGAGGAAGACGACGAGUCGUUCGAGCACACACUUUUGGUGGUUCGCGAAGUCUCGGUCUACAAAAUCCCUCCUCGCUCCACUUCCGGCGGCUACAAAUGCGGAGAAUGGUUACAAUCCGACAAGAUCUGGUCUGGACGGCUUCGAGUCGUGUCCUGCAAAGAACGGUGCGAGAUCCGAUUAGAAGAUCCGAACUCAGGUGAGCUAUUUGCUGCUUGUUUCUUUAACCCUGGACAGCGCGAGAACUCCGUCGAGACAGUCCUCGACUCGUCCCGGUAUUUCGUACUUAAAAUAGAGGACGGGGGAGGCAAGCACGCGUUUGUUGGUCUAGGGUUUACUGAGAGAAAUGAAGCGUUUGAUUUUAAUGUGGCGUUAUCGGAUCACGAGAAGUAUGUCAGACGAGAAAAUGAGAAAGAGAGUGGCGAGACGAGUGAGAGUGACGCUCACAUUGAUAUUCAUCCUGCUGUUAAUCACAGAUUAAAGGAAGGGGAAACUAUAAGAAUUAAUGUGAAGCCUAAGCCAACGAGUGGAGCUGGAAUGCUAUCAGCUGCAGGGCUGUCUGGUUCGGCAACUGGAAAGCCUAAAACUUUAGUCAUUGCCCCACCUCCAACUGGGGCGGGGAAACCAAGGUCCCCACUUCCACCACCUCCCAAUGAUCCGGCUGCUGCUCGAAAGUCGGCUGUGAAUAAUGUUGGCAUUGGUCUAAAAGCACCACCCAGGGAAUGUACACCGCGAUCUACUGAUUCUUUAUCGGACCUGUCUUCACUUGAGAGAAAUCUUCCUUCAACAACAACAGGAUCAACCAAGACAGCUACAUCGGGAUGGGCUGCAUUCUAACUGUGUUGGGGAUUUAUUGAGCAUGAUUAAGGCAUUUGUUUUACUUUUUCUUUGGAAAAGAUGAAAAAAGUGGAGGAAAUCGAGAAAUGUAAGCAACCAUGAGCUAUCAAAUACGACCAUGUGUGAAAAAUAAUGUUAUAUGAAUGUAUCAAAUGCUUUUUUUCUUCUUA